GGGUGCGGGUCGAAUAUUACGUCAACGAAAAUACCUUUAAGGAGAGACUUCAGUUGUACUUCAUCAAAAAUCAAAGAUCAAGUCUUAGGAUACGAAUAGCAAACUUAUUUUUUAAGCUACUAACAUGCGUUUUGUACAUAAUUCGAGUCAUCACAGAUCUCGAUCCCACAUAUGCAGCAUGUUACGGCUGUACGCCUGGAAACAAGACAGAAUACAUCAUAUCGGCCAACUUGACCGAAGAAAAGUUUCAAGAGAACCCCAUCAUCAACUGGGACGCCAUUGUGUACGUAAAUCGGCCCUUGGAACUUUGGGUGGUGCAGGUCGUGUUGGCCAUGAUUAGCCUCACAGAGGCCCUGUUAUUGGCCUAUCUUGGAUACAAGGGUAACAUUUGGCAACAAUUGCUGUCAUUUCAUUUCAUUUUAGAAAUAAUGAAUACCAUACCUUUUACAUUAACACUUUUUUAUCCUCCCCUAAGGAACGUUUUCAUUCCAGUAUUUUUAAACUGUUGGUUGGCGAAACAUUCGCUGGAAAAUAUGUUUAACGAUCUCCACCGUGCCAUGCAGAAGUCGCAGUCCGCCCUUUCGCAGCAGCUGACAAUAUUGUCGGCAACUUUGGUGUGUCUGGUGUUUACAAGUGUUUGUGGAAUUCAGCAUUUUCAGAGGGCUGGUCAUCGGCACUUGAAUCUUUUUCAAGCCACUUACUACGUUGUGGUGACCUUUUCCACGGUUGGUUACGGUGAUUUUGUACCGGAUAUAUGGCCAUCGCAGCUCUAUAUGGUGAUAAUGAUAUGUGUGGCCCUUAUAGUACUACCAACCCAGUUCGAACAACUCGCAUUCACGUGGAUGGAACGGCAAAAACUCGGAGGCUCCUAUUCGUCCCAUCGGGCCCAAUCGGAAAAACACGUGGUGGUCUGUAGUACGACCCUGCACGCGGACACCAUAAUGGAUUUUCUCAACGAAUUCUACGCUCAUCCUCUACUGCAGGACUAUUACGUGGUGCUGCUGUCGCCCAUGGAGCUGGACACCACCAUGCGGAUGAUCCUGCAAGUGCCCAUAUGGGCGCAAAGAGUGAUUUACAUUCAGGGAUCGUGUUUAAAGGAUGGAGACUUGGCGAGAGCGAGGAUGAACGAAGCUGAAGCUUGUUUCAUUCUGGCUGCGAGGAAUUAUGCAGACAAAACAGCUGCGGACGAGCAUACGAUUUUGCGGUCGUGGGCGGUAAAAGACUUCGCGCCAAACGUAGCGCAAUAUGUGCAAAUCUUCCGACCGGAAAACAAACUUCACGUUAAAUUUGCCGAAUACGUGGUGUGCGAGGACGAAUUUAAAUACGCCCUGCUGGCGAAUAACUGCACCUGUCCUGGUGCUUCGACUUUGGUCACAUUACUUCUGCACACUUCCAGGGGACAGGAAGGGCAGCAAUCCCAAGAAGAAUGGCACAGACUGUACGGCAGGUGUUCGGGUAAUGAAAUUUAUCACAUCGUUCUGGGAGACAGUCGAUUUUUCGGAGAGUACGAAGGAAAAAGCUUCACGUACGCUAGUUUCCACUCGCACAGGAAGUACGGGGUGGCUCUCGUGGGGGUCAGGCCCGCCGAGCUGCCGGAGUUCUACGAGGACACGAUCCUGCUGAACCCCGGGCCGCGGCACAUCAUGAAGAAGAGCGACACCUGCUACUACAUGAGCAUCACCAAGGAGGAGAACUCCUCGUUCAGCGUCGCCAACCCCAACAACGCGGCCACGACCGGAAGCAACGCGGCCGAGCCCGUCGUCGUGACGCACGGCGGCCGCGCGGAGGAGAAGCGGCCCCCUCCGCCCCAAACAAAAGACGGUACCGGCCCCCCUCAACUUAUUCUGCAAGUUCCCACCUGUGUCACAACGUUCCCAGACGGAGGCGGUGUAAGCGACUCUCGGCAAUGCCUCAAAGAAUCCUCCCCUGGAUCCAUAACGUUCGACGUGUCGAUAACAGGCAACCACCUGGACAUCCCCAGGGGCGACAACCCAAAUCUUCUGAGCCCCGAAACGAUAAACCAACGAAGAAACUCCCGAAGACCCAGCAUUCUGCCGGUCCCAGACAUGAUAACAUCGAGCACUUUGAACAUAUCUCAGGACACUGGCGACGAAGGUGACGAAAGCGACGACGAAUUGGAGGACGACGUUCCUUGGCGCUCGCCCAGCGAAAAAAUAGCCAUCGUGAAAGGCUUUCCGCCCGUCUCGCCCUACAUCGGGGUGAGUCCGACCCUGUGCUACCUCCUCAAAGAGAAGAAGCCCUUGUGCUGCCUGCAGCUGGCGCAGGUGUGCGAGCAUUGCAGCUACCGCAACGCCAGGGAUUACCAGUGGCAGAACAAGACGAUCAUCCUGGCGGCGGAUUACGCGUCGAACGGGAUUUACAACUUUAUUAUACCGUUGAGGGCCCAUUUCCGGUCGAAGACGUCCCUGAAUCCGAUCAUUUUGCUGCUGGAACGGAGGCCCGACAUCGCCUUCUUGGAUUCCAUAUCCUAUUUUCCUCUGGUUUAUUGGAUGCUGGGCUCUAUAGACUGCUUAGACGACCUACUCCGUGCGGGAAUAACGUUGGCGGAAAACGUGGUGGUCGUUAACAAGGAACUGUCCAAUUCGGCGGAAGAAGAUUCCCUCUCGGACUGUAACACAAUAGUGGCGGUGCAAACGAUGUUCAAAUUUUUUCCGAGUAUAAAAAGCAUCACAGAGCUGUCACAGUCGUCGAAUAUGCGAUUUAUGCAAUUCAGAGCCCACGACAAAUACGCUCUGCAUCUCUCCAAAAUGGAAAAGCGGGAAAAAGAACGCGGUUCGCACAUAUCGUACAUGUUCAGACUGCCCUUCGCCGCCGGAAGCGUUUUUAGCGCCAGCAUGCUGGAUACUUUGCUUUACCAAGCGUUUGUCAAAGACUACGUCAUCACUUUCGUGAGGCUGUUGCUAGGCGUGGACCAAGCACCUGGAUCUGGGUUCCUAACGUCGAUGCGUAUAUCAAAGGAUGACAUGUGGAUCCGGACCUACGGUCGCCUCUACCAAAAACUCUGCUCUACGACGUGCGAAAUCCCCAUCGGCAUUUACCGCACGCAAGACACCUCGAUCUCGGAUUCCUCGCAUCUUGACGAGGACUUGGGAGGAGAGCGUGUAGGUGUCACCUACCGACCUAAGGAAAGCACCAACUGCUUGGGAUGUACUAAUCGACGUAGCUCGAUGUACUCCAUCAAUAUGGUAGACGAAGCGAAGGACAACCACGAGCAGCAAAUCGAGAGGGCGGAAAUAGCGAAUCUGGUGAGGUCGCGUAUGGAGAGCCUUAACUUGCCCGCCAUAGACUACAAUGAUGUUAGUGAAAAGAGAAAUAGUCUCUCCUAUGUGAUCAUUAAUCCUAGCUGUGACUUAAAAUUAGAAGAAGGUGAUAUUAUAUAUUUAGUUCGACCAAGCCCGUUUUCUGCUCAAAAAACUUUCGAGAGGCACAACAGCCGCCGCAAGUCGAACAUCAGCUUUUGCUCGCAAACGCUUCUCCAGCAAAUGGCCACCAGCUCUCAGGCGGGAAGUCGAAGGGGGUCGGGUCUGGGCUUGCAGGGGUACCAAUCGCCUCGUCCGCCGCCACUGGCCACCACGAAGUCGAAUUCCUUGUCGUUGCCGGAGAGCCCGACAGUGGCGGGUUACCAAAGGGGGCGGUCGAACUCGUUGAGGGUGAUAGACGAUAUUUUGCUGAGGAGAUCGAACUCGUUGCGGCAGGGUCUGCCGAAUGUGGGGAACAGCAGGAGGAAGAGUAGCCUGGAGGAUAUUGGGCUGUCGCAUUUUUCCACGAAUUAUAAUAAUCCCAUUAAGAUUGCUUUGAAUGGCAGUAUAGGGCUUGAGGUAACCCCACCGGAGGAAAACAGCCCGCCGACGAUAUCGAGCAACACCGCGUUGGUGGUGAACCCCUCGCUACCGCCCCUCUCCGCCCCGCACUCGGGCAGCACCCUGAGCCUGGCUCAGGCCGGGCUGCUCGGCACGGCGCAGCAGCCCGGGCUGAACCUGGGCAUCAACGUGCCCGCGUACGGCGCGGAGCAGCAGCUGCAGCAGCAGCAGCAGUCGGCGGCCGCGCAGCUGACGCCGCAGUCGGCGGCCAGCGAUGCGCAGCACCUGCAAGGCACGAUCGUAUGAUACAACCUUAUGUGGGGGAGGAGAACGGGCAGCUUGCGCAACAAGUGGCUCUAAGUAACCUCGCUUCCACAGUAGCGCUCUGCGCGGUAGGUUAGUUGGCGUAGGGUGCGCAUAGGUCGGAGGAGGUUUUUUUAAAGUUGAUUUUUUGAAAAUUGACUAUAGCAGCUCAUAAAUACACUCACAGGCAAAAUAAUCGAUCCACACAAAUUUUCGAUGAAUUUCAAUCGCAAAUAACUUUUUUAUUUGAUGUCGGAUUUAAACGAAUAUUAUUAAUGUAGAUAAAUUAAUGGACAAUCGCUCACAUAUUAAAAAAUUACUAAAAAAUACACGUACGUUUAUAAUAUACAGGUUUAAACAAAAAGAUAUUUUUUACCAUAAGUUUAAGACACUCUGUAGAAUGGCAAAAUCGUAUAUUGUUCUAAAUUAAGUUUUAAUUAUCAAGUCACAUCUAUUCUUAACAGUUUUGUUUUUGGUUCACCUCGAUAUAUUUAUUUUUGUGGAAAAUAUGGAUUUUUUUAAAAAACAUUGCAAUUUCCAAUAUUUUUCUCUAUGAAGAACUAAGGUUGCUAUGGUCCAUCCAUAUGCUAUGAAGAAUGACAGUGACAGUUUGGUUGAAUUAUCCCAUACUUGCACAUGUCAUACACGGCUUUCAAAAGCUAUCGAAUUGUUUUUUGCAAAUUAAUGUUUUAAUUUUGAGGUGUCUUCUCACUUUAAAAAAUGGAUAUGUCCCCGACUGAUGUUGCCAGAGCCAUUAAUUUAAUCCAGGAUGGACGGUCACAGUAUUCCGUGGCAAGUGUUUUAAACGCCACAAGAAGUAAAGUACAAAGGCCAGUUAUAUUAAACUAAGAGUGACAUGUUUAAGGCAGUCAUAACUGACUUAAAUUGACAUUCUUAAGACAGGGCUUAAAUUAUUAUUCUCAAGAAAGUUAUAUUCAGCUUAACUUGGCAUUUUUGGACAGUUUUAU